UGCCGCGGCCCGCGCCGGAGGGGUAAAGACGCGGCGAGAAAGCGCGGCGGUGCCAUGGUCACGCCAGCCGCGGCUGCCGCCUGAGCCCGCCGGCCGGGACCAGCCUCGGCGGAGCCGCGGGACCAAACAAGAAGAUGGGGUGCCAGGGAUUUAUGAAUUUGGGAAACCAGCUUCUUCGCCGAAAAAAUGUGGACUGUACUCGAGAAGACAGUCGGCUUUCGCGAUGCCUCAAUACAUUUGACUUGGUGGCUCUGGGUGUAGGCAGCACUUUGGGUGCAGGUGUCUACGUACUGGCUGGAGCCGUGGCACGAGAAAAUGCAGGACCUGCCAUCGUUAUCUCUUUCUUGAUUGCUGCUUUGGCUUCUGUGCUGGCUGGACUCUGCUACGGAGAAUUUGGUGCUAGAGUACCUAAGACGGGAUCAGCUUAUCUCUACAGUUACGUGACUGUUGGCGAGCUAUGGGCCUUCAUUACUGGAUGGAAUUUAAUUCUUUCCUAUGUUAUUGGAACCUCUAGUGUGGCCAGAGCGUGGAGUGCAACAUUUGAUGAAAUCAUAGGACAGCACAUUGAAGAUUUUUGUAAAAAAUACAUGACUAUGGAUGCUCCUGGAGUGCUAGCGAAAUACCCAGACAUCUUUGCUGUGGUCAUAAUCUUCAUCUUAACAGGGCUUUUAAUUUUUGGAGUGAAGGAAUCUGCCCUGGUGAACAAAGUGUUCACCUGCAUCAACAUUCUUGUUCUCGGCUUUGUCAUGGUGUCAGGCUUCGUGAAAGGAUCUAUUAAAAACUGGCAGCUGACUGAACAGGACAUUUACAACAUCAGCCAUGGCAUUUACGGAGACAAUCAAACACAGGGAGGAAAGCUUUACGGUGUUGGAGGGUUUAUGCCCUAUGGAUUGAAUGGAGUCCUCUCAGGGGCAGCCACAUGUUUUUAUGCUUUCGUGGGAUUUGACUGUAUUGCCACCACAGGUGAAGAGGUAAAAAACCCUCAGAAGGCUAUUCCCAUUGGCAUCGUGGCAUCUCUGCUCAUCUGCUUUGUCGCUUAUUUUGGUGUGUCAGCUGCCCUCACACUCAUGAUGCCUUACUAUCAGCUGGAUACCAACAGCCCUUUACCUAAUGCCUUUAAAUAUGUAGGCUGGGAUGGAGCCAAUUAUGCAGUGGCUGUUGGUUCAUUGUGUGCACUUUCAACAAGUCUGCUUGGUUCCAUGUUUCCGAUGCCUCGAAUAAUUUAUGCUAUGGCAGAAGAUGGACUUCUCUUUAAAGUUUUGGCUAAAGUCAAUGAGAAGAGAAAAACUCCAGUAAUUGCAACGGUGACAUCAGGGGCUGUUGCAGCUAUUAUGGCCUUUCUCUUCGACUUGAAAGAUCUUGUGGAUCUCAUGUCUAUCGGGACUCUUCUGGCUUAUUCCUUGGUGGCAGCGUGUGUAUUGGUCCUGAGGUAUCAGCCAGAGCAGCCUAAUUUGGCAUACCAGAUGGCUAGAACAACAGAGGAGACAGAUAACAAUGAGUCUGUGAGCACAAGUGAAUCUCAGGCUGGAUUUCUGCCAGAAGAAGAGGAGAAAUGUUCCCUCAAAGCCAUAUUGUGUCCCCCAAACUCAGACCCUUCCAAAUUCUCUGGCUCUGUGGUGAACGUCUCAACCUUCAUCAUUGGUUUCCUUAUUGUGGGUAGCUGUAUCUUGACUGCCCUUGAGCCAAGCAUUCUGAUAAAGACUGUAUGGAUUAUUGCUGCAAUCCUUGUUCUUAUUGUCAGUUUCAUUAUAUGGAAACAGCCUGAAAGCAAAACCAAGCUCUCCUUUAAGGUACCUCUUUUGCCUCUUCUUCCUAUUGUGAGUAUUUUUGUGAAUGUUUACCUCAUGAUGCAACUAGAUAUAGGGACAUGGAUAAGAUUUGCAGUCUGGAUGCUCCUUGGCUUUAUCAUCUACUUUAGCUAUGGAAUAUGGCACAGUGUGGAAGCCACAUACUCGGCCUCAUCAGACACAGAGAGAAAUACGGACACUGGUUCAGACAGCUGCAAAUGACUGCUUUUUUGGCUUAAGGGCAACUGGGGAAUUGCUGCAGUGAAGGAAGCUUUGUUUGGGGAACCUGAAGUGUUUCAUCUGGUUAAUCAGUAAUGCAGAAAUAAUGAAGCAUAAGGUGGGAAUCCCCAGCCUUGUUGCUACAGCUUGCAAUUUGCUUAGUAGCACAGUUAAAAGGGAUUGCAAGGAAAAACCCACACUUCUGGCAUACUCCCGAUAACACUGUCAUCUAAUCUGGGGCUAUAUGCUUCCCUCCCUCCCUCUCCAUUUUUUUGCAAUGAUGUGUAGAAAGAAAACUGCUUCUGUGUGCCAGUUAAUCUUAAAUGCUGCUAUGAAACCAGGCCUCACAAAGGUCCUUCUUUCAGUAGCCCUGUGAAUUACCUCCCCACAGAUACUCUACUUGAUUAUAAAUGGAGCGGCUCUUGUGAUGCUAGUGUCGUGCUUAGAUCAGCUGGUUACUUCACCUGAUGUGAGCUGUACCACAUGUGCACACAAAAAAGGCUCUCACCAAACAUACGCUUUCACCCAAUUAAGAAAGCACCUGCAAGAUUUACAUUCUUUAAAGUAUCGGGUGUUAUGAUUUUAUUGUAUUUAACUAAUUAAGUACUCAUACUCCUUUUAGCGUGCUGCUGCUUUGAAAUGUUGGGAAGGUUUAUGGUCUUUGCUUGUCAGGUGAACGGCCAUUUGCAAAUGUGCAGAUAAUGCAGAACAGUGUUUCUGCUAGCUAUAUACUCAGCAAAGAGGGGGUUUCCAGGUUUAUUCAUAAAACUAUUUGGUGCAAGUACUUGAAUGGUUUAAUAGAACGGGUGAUUUCAAAGAGCCUUCCUACCUCUUCAUGUCAAAACUUAUCAAUACUAUGACUCAGUUGGGGGAGAGGGGCUAGCAGAAGUGCUUCUGAGCCCAGGUCUAAAAACAAGUAGGACCUUUUCCUUUCCAUGCAUCCAUUUUUAUUUGAAAUCAGUAGAAUUGCCACCAGUGCAGGCCACUUGAAAUAAGAAGUUUGCCUUGAGAAUUUGAUUUGGCAUUGGUGGGUGAAUCGUAUUCCUGUCACUAGAAAGAGAUGCACGAAAAGAUUCUCAGGAUCCUUGAAAUCCUCUUAUAAACAGAAUCCUAGAGUCUUGCAACUUCUAUACCCUUUCCCAGGUGAGGACGUGAGGGUAUACAACGACAGCUUCCCAGUGAUGCCAGUAGAGUGUGUAACCUCCUGCCCCAAACAACACUGCUAAACUCUAAGGUCUGGCUUGCUGAGACGAGUUUUCUUUGUGGCACUGCAGAUCGUCUCUGGAAACAGGCUACUGACUUUGUCUAUGAUCUUAUUUGGAGUUUAAGCCUCAGUGGACCUCAGCUGAGCUUCCUCGUCUGUGUGCUUUCUACCUACAAAGAUCAAUAAAAUGUGCUCAAGUAUGAGGCAUGUGAUACUCUGUGGGGCUGAGGGGUGCUCUGCUCCAUUGGGACAGGAUCCACUUGAGCCAUGCUAAGGCAGCGUGCUAUGGCUAGGCUUCACGUUUGAUUGUGCUCCAGAGCUUGGCUUUCAUGAAA